GAUAGCAUCAGUGAAGCUGGAAGACUGCAGUCAAACACUGGAACUGAAUGCCAAAAUUAAAACAGAAAAUCUGUUUCUCAUGGAUUAGAAUUAAGUCUGAGGCCGGUAACAUCAACAGUAACGACAAACCCAGCCUGCCUCUCUCCUUCCACACUGAGUCCAAACCCACAGUCACUGGGUCCUGAUUGUGACAGUGGAGCCCAGUUUGCACUGCAGGAUCCAGAGAUGGCAUCAGUGAAGCUGGAAGACUGCAGUCAAACACUGGAGCUGAAUGUCAACAUUAAAGAUGAAGAAGAGGAGGAGAAGAUUGGGAAAUCUGUUAAUCAUGGAGACCAUGUUGAGACAUUCUCUACAUCCAGAGAGCAUCAGCAGAAAGAUCACAGCGCAAAGAGGUCUUACCACUGCUCACAUUGUGAGGAGAUUUUCCCAUUUCUAUCAAAGCUAAAAAUACACCUAAAAAUACACACAGGAGAAAAGCUUUACUCCUGCUCUGAAUGUGGAAAAUGCUUCAAAACAUCAACUGCGCUAAAAGUUCAUCAUGGAACACACAGAGGAGAGAAGCCUUACUCCUGCUCUGACUGUGGAAAGAGUUUCUCUCAUCGGGACACCUUAAAACGACAUGAACAUAUACACACGGGAGAGAAGCCUUACUCCUGCUCUGACUGUGGGGUGAGUUUCUCUCGACUGGGUACCUUAAAACAACAUGAACGUACACACAAAGGAGAGAAGCCGUACUCCUGCUCUGACUGUGGAAAGAGUUUUACUCGACCAAGCCACCUAAAACAACAUGAACAUAUACACACAGGAGAGAAGCCUUACUCCUGCUCGGACUGCGGGGCGAGUUUCUCUCACCGGAACACCUUAAAACGUCAUGAACAUAUGCACACAGGAGAGAAUACUUACUCCUGCUCUGACUGUGGAAAGAGUUUCUCUCAACUGGGUACCUUAAAACAACAUGGACGUACACACACAGGAGAAAAGCUUUACUCCUGCUCUGAAUGUGGAAAAUGCUUCAAAACAUCAACUGACCUAAAAGGUCAUCAGAGAACACACACAGGAGAGAAGCCUUACUCCUGCUCUGACUGCGGGGCGAGUUUCUCUCAUCGGAACACUUUAAAACGUCAUGAACAUAUACACACAGGAGAGAAGCCUUACUCCUGCUCUGACUGUGGAAAGAGUUUCUCUCGACCAAGCCACCUAAAACAACAUGAACGUAUACACACAGGAGAAAAGCUUUACUCCUGCUCUGAAUGUGGAAAAUGCUUCAAAACAUCAACUGACCUAAAAGGUCAUCAGAGAACACACACAGGAGAGAAGCCUUACUCCUGCUCUGACUGCGGGGCGAGUUUCUCUCAUCGGAACAAUUUAAAAUGUCAUGAACAUAUACACACAGGAGAGAAGCCUUACUCCUGCUCUGACUGUGGAAAGAGUUUCUCUCGACCAAGCCACCUAAAACAACAUGAACGUUUACACACAGGAGAGAAGCCUUACUUCUGCUCUGACUGUGGAAAGAGUUUCUCUGAACGGGGCACCUUAAAACACCAUGAACGUAUACACAAAGGAGAGAAGCCUUACUCCUGCUCUGACUGUGGGGCGAGUUUCUCUCAACUGGGCACCUUAAAAAAACAUGAACGUAUACACACAGGAGAGAAGCCUUACUUCUGCUCUGACUGUGGAAAGAGUUUCUCUCAACUGGGUACCUUAAAACAACAUGAACGUAUACACACAGGAGAGAAGCCUUACUCCUGCUCUGACUGUGGUAAGAGUUUCUCUCGACCGUGCACCUUACAAAAACAUAAACGUAUACACACAGGAGAGAAACCUUACUCCUGCUAUGACUGUGGGGCAAGUUUCUCUCGUCCGGACACCUUAAAACAACAUGAUUGUAUACACACAGGAGAGAAGCCUUACUCCUGCUCUGACUGUGUAAAAUGCUUCAAAACAUCAACUGCCCUAAAAGUUCAUCAGAGAACACACACAGGAGAGAAGCCUUACUCCUGCUCUGACUGUGGAAAGAGUUUCUCUCACCUGGGCACCUUAAAACAACAUGAACGUAUACACAAAAGAGAGAAGCCUUACUCCUUUUCUGACUGUGGGGCAAGUUUCUCUCGUCCGGACACCUUAAAACGAUCUGAACAUAUACACACACUGGAGAGAAGCCUUACUCCUGCUCUGACUGUGGAAAGAGUUUCCCUUGAAUGUGCUAUUUAAAAAGACACCAAGGGAAACACAAGAGGAGCCUUACCACUGAUCUGACUGUAGAAAAUGUUAAAACACCAGCUGAGCUUAAAGGUCAUUAGAGAAAAGACAAAGGAGAGAAGCCUUACUUCUGCUCUCAAUGUGGCAAGAGUUUUUCCCAAUUGGGCAAUGUAAAAACACACCAACGGAUACACACUUGAGAGAAGCCUUAUCACUGCACUGACUGUGGGAAGAGAUUCUACAGAUUGGGCCAUUUAAAAAGACAUCAAUGUAUACAUAAAGGAGAGAAGCCUCAUCAGUUCUCUCAGACCAGCUAAGAUUAGACACUCCACUUAAUUCUCAUGUCAUUAAAUAAUUGGCAACGUUGAAUUGGAUCAAAUGAAGAAAGUGUAGAACACUAUUGUAAUCCUAUAGUUUCUCACUGUGAGAGAACAAUGCAGAGGAAAGGGAGCGUUAUAGAAUGUUAGCCUCUCUUUACUGAUCAGUGUGCACCUUGUCAGUUUUGGUGUGAGAGAGAAUAAAGUAGACGGCACACGUCAAACGUUUGAUUUAUGACCCUAUGUCCGGAUGACGUGUGCAUGCCCAUAUUUGGGCAUCCGGUCAGGACAUCCUGGCGGGAAGUGAUUACGUGGUUAUGCCCAUAUAUGGGCAUCCUGUUCCUGUUCUCACGCCUUAGUGAGUGCGACAAUAUUUAUAUAAUGCCUUUGAAGUUGUCAUGAUGAUUGAUGUCUAGGGACCUCUUUGAACUG